UCUUUGCCUGGUGCGACGGUAAUGUUGUGCAUUCAACAUUCCCCGAGGAGGCUUUUUCUUUCCCCUCUUCCCCAACCGGGAAUAUCCCUCCAUCGAUCCAUCAUUUCAUUUCAUUCAGCGCCCGGGCGGACACAUCCUUUCCAUCUAUUGAUUUGGUCUGGCAUGGUCUGGGUCUGGAUCUCACGCCCGCCCGGGCUGCGCUCUGCGCUGCAGGCGCGGCACACCGCAUGCGUGUUGCACCACAGCCCCAGUGACGCCUGGGUGCCCUCACAUGUAUGUAUGUAUUAUGCGGGAAUAUCUAUGUCUAGCUUCGAUGAAAUCAUUGUACUCUAUUCUGUACGAUUAAAUGACAUCAUGGGCAAGGCAAAGCCACAACGUAGCGUUUUGUGCAAUGGUGACAAUGCGCCUUGUUGGGGUAUUAUGCCGGCUGCAUCUAGACUCUGGUGAAAUGUUACCCUAGGUUAUCUGAAUCGGGGAGAUUGAAAGAAC